GUCUGACUGAGAGCAGGUUUGUGAUGGCUAACAGCUCCUAAUUGAGUUGCUCUAUAUCAGAGCUCUGCUGCUCCUCGUGGUGCCGGAACGCAGCGCUCUACGAGCUGCUCUCCACCCGGACCAUGCUCGGCUUGCACCGCCCGGUGCCGUGAUAGGCUGUAACCGGUACAACCCCUAUUUGGUUCCUAAUGGCGGAUCGCGGUUUGUGCCCUGAGUGCGGCUCCGCGGCGCUGCUGGAGGACGCUCAUUACGCGCAGCAGCAGCUGGUUUGCGCCGCGUGUGGCUGCGUGUUGGCCGAGGGGCUGCUGACCACCACGUACAGCGAUGAAGGGCAGCUGCGAGAGGUGGCUUAUUCGCAGAGCACAGGGCAGAAGGAGCAGCUGAACCGAUGCGAGCAGAGAGGGAUCAGAAGGGUCCAGGAUCUCUGUAAGGUUCUUCGGCUCCCGUCGGUGUUUGAAGGCACGGCCGUGUCCUACCUGCAGAGAGCACUGCAGCAUCCCUCCUUCCGCCUGCUCAGCCUGGAGAAGAAGGAGCUCCUGGUGGGCUGCUGCGUGCUGGCGACCUGUCGGCAACACAACUGGCCACUGACACUGGGAACAAUCUGCUCCCUCCUUUAUGCAAAGCAGGAACUGGUCACCAGCGUCUACCUAAGCCUUCAGAAGGAGCUCAGGAUCUCAGUGCCGGCGCUGAGCCUUAUGGAUCUGGUGAAGACACACCUUAACAGUUUCCAGCUGUUCCAGCACACAGAGGACAUCCCUGCCCAGUUUGUGGAGGACAAGGAGGCGAUGCUUGCCCGGACCAUGCAGGUGGUGGAACUGGCAAGUGAGACGUGGCUGGUGACAGGUCGGCAUCCCAUCCCCAUCGUCACAGCUGCAGCCUUCCUGUCCUGGCAGUCCCUGCGGCCCUCUGCCCGCCUCACCUGCACGUUCACACAGUUCUGCAAGGCAGCAGGCAUUGAUCUGCCCCCCCCGGCACGCCUGAGGCUGAAGGAGCUUUAUGAAAUCCUCCUGAGGAUGGCAGCUGAGCUUGCUUGGCUGAAGGUGCUUAACUUGGACAAGAAGACGGUGGUCAAAUACAUUGGGGAUCUGCUGCAGCAUCGGAUCUUCCUGCUGAAAAAUGCCUUCUGUGCGGUGGAUGUGGAGGAGCAGCAGAGGGCAGCCCAGGCUGAGGACUCCUCUAGCAAUACUCCAGCAGCAGCAGGGACAGCACUGGAUAAGGGCGGCCCCUCGGAAGGGAAACAGAAGGCUGAGGGCAGCCGGAGGCCCUUACUGCCACCCUGCCUCCUCCAUCCAAAGAAGAGACUGCGCACUGCAGCCUUGAGUGCUUCGGAUGCUGCCAUCACUGGAGAUGAGCCCAUCUCUGACAGUGAAAUAGAGCAGUACCUGAGGGGCCCGGAGGAGAUCCGGGCAUUCAGGAGGGCCAAAGUGUGGCAGUGAAGAUGAGCAUCACUGGAACAACACCACUGGAGCACCAGAGACUGGAGCCAAAAGCAUCAAUCCUGAUGGUUAAAGAGUCAUUCCAUGCUGCAGGGACAGUCAUCUGUGGAUACGUGGUGAGUGGGAGGAGUGGGCAAUGGUUUAUUACACUAGACCAAGAUAAGUCAUUUUAAUUAGAAGUAAAUAGAAUACAGGGGCCAGGAAUGGGGUUUCAGCUUGACAGGAGCUGGGAAACCACUGGGGAUCUGCAGCAAAGGGACAGCACUGGGGUGUGUGAGCACAGACAGCGCUGGAGGAUGCAGACACAGCACUGCUGGCUGUUCACUUUGGACACCAUGAAGCAUUGACCUCUGUCUGCCUAAUAGGCUGUUGUAUUUGAAUGCAAACUCUGCGAGAAAUCACAGUUCAUUUGGCAGAUUUGCAAAUCUUUAAUAUAUUAAACAAAACAUAUCUGCUAGAAAGAUUCUAUUUAUAUAAAAAUGCAAAAAGACCCCUUUUAAAAGACAUUUCUUUGGCAUAUUUUCCCCUCCCUCCCCCACGUAUAUUGCAAGAAGCUUCUCUGUUGAUCUGUCAUUUGCUUGUAAUGUAAACAUACAAAAAAAGAAGUGUAAUUAGUAAUA